AUGACUGUCACAUACGACACUCCCACGCGGGGGUCACAUACCUCCAUGGCCACCCUCGAAGAUCGCUUCGAGGUGAUUAAGGAAAUUGGCGAUGGAAGCUUCGGUAGUGUUGCCGUUGCACGGGUACGGACAGCCGGCGCUCACGUCGCCCGGAGAGGCACUAUGGUUGCGAUCAAAACCAUGAAGAAGACCUUCGAGUCGUUAGGUCCAUGUUUGGAUCUCCGAGAGGUUAUCUUCCUCCGCACAUUACCCAUUCACCCGCACCUCGUUCCUGCUCUCGACAUCUUCCUCGACCCUCUAUCCCGCAAGCUGCACAUUUGUAUGGAAUACAUGGAUGGCAACUUGUACCAGUUGAUGAAGGCUCGCGACCACAAGUACUUCGAUGGCAAGCACGUCAAGAGUAUUCUGUACCAGAUCUUGUCCGGUCUAGACCACAUCCAUGCCCACCACUUCUUCCACCGCGAUAUCAAGCCCGAGAACAUCUUGGUGUCAACCUCCGCCCCUAACGACUCCGCCUUCAGCCGCUACUCUAACCUCAUUGCCGACUUCGGUCUUGCACGGGAAACCCACUCAAAACAACCAUACACAACCUAUGUCUCAACGCGCUGGUACCGUGCACCUGAAGUGCUUCUACGCGCUGGUGAAUACUCGGCCCCAGUAGAUAUGUGGGCAAUGGGCGCCAUGGCCGUGGAGAUUGCCACGCUGAAGCCCCUGUUCCCCGGAGGCAACGAGGUGGAUCAGGUUUGGCGCGUGUGUGAGAUUAUGGGAAGCCCCGGAAACUGGUACAGCAAAGCGGGCGCGAAGAUCGGUGGUGGUGAAUGGCGUGAAGGAUCGCGUCUCGCCCAUAAGCUUGGUUUCACCUUCCCCAAGAUGGCACCGCACGCCAUGGAGUCCGUCCUUCAACCCCCUAUGUGGCCCGCGGCAUUCGCUGAGUUCGUCACAUGGUGUCUCAUGUGGGACCCGAAGAACCGCCCGACAUCUACCCAGGCUUUGAACCACGAGUACUUUGCCGAUGCCGUCGAUCCUGUGCGACCCAAGUCAUCAACUUCAUCAAGACUGCUCGGUCGCAAGCAGUCCGAGAAGAGCUUCAAGUCCCCGACGCUUACCCCUGGCGACUCUCCUACUCUGUCUUCUAAGCCCUCUUGGUUCCGCAGGUCGUUGAUCGCCCGGUCGGACAGCCCUGCCCCUACUAUCGAGGAUACCACUCCCAGACAAUCUGCUGUCACCAACAUCACUGUCCCUGAGAUCCAACCCGUCAAGCCCCGGCCCGCUAAUACCAAACGGGCUACCUGGGCCAGCGGUGCUCCCAUGCCAAUCCUUCCUUCCAUUCGUCCUGUGUCUCCUCUAUCAAACUCAGUCACCGCUCAGGCCAAUGCCACGGUGGCUCACAGCGAAUCGUCCAAAUCAUCGGAUACUUCGGCAAGCACCAAAAUCGGGCGCCAGCUUUCUGUCAACUCCAAUGGUAAUCACUAUUCCGACUCAAACCGCCAAGAGGCCGAGAGGAUGCUCAAUGGUUCCGGGAGCAACACUCCCACCACCAAAGAAAGCUUCUUCUCGCAUCUUCGCAAGCGCGCCCGCAGAUUGUCCGGUCGCAACCAAAAUGCACAGCCUGAUGACGUUGAGGCCAACGCUGGCUGUAUCCCUUGGUCAAACCGUUCGUCGAUUGCUCUUGAUGGACCGACCAGUGAGCCCAAGCAGAAUGGUGAUCUGAACGAACUUGACCGGGCGCUUCAGAGUGUCAAAUACUCUUUGGACUCCUCUACGCUGAGCAAUGUCCCAGUGCACCUGAGCAAUGGAGCUGACGUCCACAAGCGCCAGUCAAUGCCUCAGGCGACUGCCAACACAUCUGCACCAAUCUCCAGCCGAACUCGUCGCGCCAAGCAGAUGUCCGGUCACCCCGUUCACCGAUACGAGACCCCUGAGGAAGAGGAUGAGCUCUUGGAUGAGGUUCUGCACUCCGCCAGCAAGGCUGCCAGACGCCUGGCUCAGACCCAGUCCAUGGCGGUCGACCCAUCAAGUCGCACUUCGCGCCCUCUGCCUAACCCCUAUCCUACACCAUCACCAACUGCCAAGGAGAACGCGACAUUUGGCCAGCAGUCGACGCCUAGCAAGCUGAGCAUCCACAAGAUGGAUCCCGCUACUGCUAACCGUCACUGGCCAACACCCCCUUACGAGGAAGCUGAGUUCCACAACAAGAAGGCGGAUUAUUUCGCCCGUGGAUCCAACUUCAUCUAG